GUGUUAAAUAAAUGUAUAUAUAUGAAACAACAUCCGUCAGAUAGGUAAAACAUUUUCAAGUUUUCUGUUUUACAACUUGAGCUAUGAAUUCUUCAACUCGUUCAUUACUUGCCGGGAUAUUUCUGCUUGCCUUAACGGCUCAGCUAGCAAGCUCGAAUUGUAUGGAUUGUUCGCCAUGUAAGGUGCAAAUUUCAAUAAAUAAUCAAUCAACAAACUGUCCGGAGAUGUGUAGGUCUAAAGGAUCUGACCCCGACAGCGACUUUGUGAAACGCUGCAACUUGAAGUUCUUCUGCAGUAUCAAUAAUUGUUAUUGCUCGAGCCAGGCCUGUAACGGAAGUGCCCGGAUGGGGAAGAUUUCGGCAUUCGCACUGAUUCCGCUUAUACUCGCCAGUUUUGCACUGAAACACUUUCUUUAACAUUCCCUAUAAUAAUUCUUAAAUAUGUCGUGUAAAAUCAAGUUUAUUCUGUCUCGUUUGAUUAAGAACAUUAUUUAUAUAUAUACCUUGAUUUAUAUCACAUAUUGUUUUAUAAAAAUGAGAAAAUAAAUUUGUUUUAUAUAAAG